UCCCCCACACACACUCCAACGCAGUGGCAACAGCAUCUCCCCUGUUCCGCCCGCUCGCCUCUGCUUCUUUAGUUCUUUCCAGAGCGGCUCUGCUCUGCUCCUCGCCUCUCUCGAUCGCGCAUACGUACCAUAUUUGGCAGCCCAGCCAUGGUGGUUCUCGCCAGCACGCCCGCCGUCGAUCACAUCCCGCUCCUCAGGUCGCCCGACCCCGGGGACUACUUCUCCGGCAUGCCGGUGGUCGACCUCUCCAGCCCUGGCGCGCCGCGGGCCAUCGCCGACGCGUGCGAGCGCUUCGGGUUCUUCAAGCUCGUCAACCACGGGGUGCCCGCGGACACGAUGGACAGGCUCGAGUCGGAGGCCGUCAGGUUCUUCUCGCUGCCGCAGGCCGACAAGGACCGCUCCGGCCCGGCCUACCCGUUCGGCUACGGCAGCAAGCGCAUCGGGCUCAAUGGCGACAUGGGGUGGCUCGAGUACCUGCUCCUGGCCGUCGACUCCGCGUCGCUCUCCGGCGCCUGCGCCGUCCCGUCCUGCGCGCUCUUCCGGGCGGCGCUGAACGAGUACAUCGCGGCGGUGCGGAAGGUGGCGGUGCGGGUGAUGGAGGCGAUGGCGGAGGGGCUGGGCAUUGCGGCCGUGGACGCGCUGAGCGGGAUGGUGACGGCGGAGGGGAGCGACCAGGUGUUCCGGGUGAACCACUACCCGCCGUGCCACGCGCUGCAGGGGCUGGGCUGCAGCGCCACCGGCUUCGGCGAGCACACGGACCCGCAGCUCAUCUCCGUGCUGCGCUCCAACGGCACGUCCGGCCUGCAGAUCGCGCUCCAGAACGGGCAGUGGGUGUCCGUGCCCUCGGACCGCGACGCCUUCUUCGUCAACGUCGGCGACUCGUUGCAGGUGCUGACCAACGGGAGGUUCAAGAGCGUGAAGCACAGGGUGGUGGCCAACAGCCUAAAGUCUAGGGUUUCCAUGAUCUACUUUGGAGGGCCAGCGAUGACACAGAGGAUUGCACCAUUGCCGCAGCUGCUGGGCGCGGGAGAGCAGAGCCUGUACAAGGACUUCACAUGGGGCGAGUACAAGAAGGCUGCCUACAACUCCAGGCUCGGGGACAACAGGCUGGCUCAGUUCCACAGGUAGCAUCGCCUGCCGCCUGGGCCCGCUCAAGGAGCAGCUUUUACCAAGCCAGCCAGCUAGCUAGUAGCUAGCUAGCUGCCGUGGCUUAUGUUUCGCACACCGUGAAGACGAAGAUGAAGAUGAAGAGGAAAGCUACUAGAAAAGAAAGGGAAACAGAGCUAAAAGAAGAUGAUUUCAAGACACAUGUGGUAGAGCUGCGGACGUAGCUAGUAGAUCUUUUUCGUGUGCGUGUGCGCGUGUGUGUGCGUGUGCGUGUGUGUUCAUAGUUGCUAAAACUCGCCUUUCCUAUUCGGGAAUGCCGGACGAACCAUGAACAGAUAAGUUAACUUGAUGAAUAGUUAGUUAGUGUGAACCAGAUAUAGCUUCUGAUCUUUUCUCAAA